CUCUUUUUUUCCCCAUCUAGACUUGAACUGCACAACAUAAAGGCACCAAACAUUAUUUUGCUCUCUGAUUCCACAUUAAGCACUUCAGAUUUCUUCCAGAGGCCUGGAACUCUUUGGAAGCCAAGGGUUCCACAAUGAAGAGCUUUCUGGCUUUCCUUGUUGCAAUGGGCAUCAUCGUGGCCCUGAGUGAUGCGCACUGCUUUAGUAAACGUUACAAGCCAGGGCAAGCCGACAAAGGCUGUAUGCUGAAUGGAAAACUGUACCCCCUGGGACACACUGAGAGGACAGAUGAUUGCUACAGAUGCAGCUGCAGCCGAACUCAAAUUGCUUGCUGCUCAAUAUUUUCUACUCCUGUUGCUUAUGACAAAGAGAACUGUAAAGUUGUUUUAAACAGAAAAAGCUGUGACUAUGAUGUGGUGUACAAGAACGACCCCUCAAAGGAGUGUUUUGAAGUUAGACGUGUGGGCUAACACCUGCUCCAAACCUCUGCACUGUGGAAUUGCUCCCCUUCCUACACCUGCUUUGCCAUCACAGAGAAGUACAAUGACAUGGGAAAUCUACUUGUUCUAAUUCAGCAUACAAGAUGCCUAAUCACACACAGUGUCUUCUUUCUGCAAUAUUUGCCUGGGUGUUGCUGAGCUCUUUUGACUACAAUAAAUCCAGAUGAAACAUCCAUCAAU